AUGGACAGAAAGUCUGCUAGAAUAAAAGCAGAGUUGCAAAGAUAUGGUUGGAGAGUUUCGAAGAAGUUUAAAUAUAAGAAAGGAAGACCCAUAAAAGUCUAUGACAAACUGGCUGGUCUGACCUACGAAUUAGAUUUGGAAACAGCACGUGCCAAUUAUCCAAACAGACUAGAGAGGUUAGAAGAAGAACGUCUUAUGGACAUGCCUUUCGAUGUUAGUGAACCUCAAGUUGAAGGACACGACGGCUUUGCCAGAUUCUACUGGAAACAUGACGAACAAUUGCAUCCUUUGAGAAGGAAAAAAGGAAAAGGUGAAGACGCACAUGCUCCCAUGGAAAGAACAAGAUAUGCAUAUGAAAAGUAUCGUGAAGUUAGAAGUCAAAUUACAUCUGGUCGAACCUUUACAGUAGACUUUGACGAAGGAAAGAACAAAGAAGGCUUCAUGGGAGUACUUGCUGCAAUUCAAGACGGAAAUAAGAAAGGACACAAUCUCAGAUUGACCAUAACAGAUUUGGAUGGUCACAUUUACUAUGCACAUGGCAAUGAACAAACAGCCGCAAAACUUCUUGACGCUUUCAAGACUACAAAGAGAGAACAAAUGGUUGACUCCGACUCAGACAUUUUGAAUGCAAUUGAAAGAAUUGCAAGUGUCAAGUUCGAAUGGUACCAACCUAACUCUCAAGCAGUCAGACAACAUGCUGGAUACUUCCCGUUCAUAAAUAAGUCUGACAUUGACUUGACAAGGUAUGGAAUUUACAAUUCAAUUGAAACAAUUGUCAACGAACCUUGCAUUCUUACAUGUCUCAGGAACUCUGGUCUUGUUACAGAUGAGAAGAUGAAGUAUCUUGAGUCAU